AUGGCAGAAUUGAAGAAGCAGUUGAAUGAGUUGAUGGAGAAGGGAUUCAUUCAGCCGAGUGUUUCGCCUUGGGGAGCGCCCGUGCUAUUCGUCAAGAAGAAGGACGGUAGCAUGCGAUUGUGCAUUGACUAUCGAGGACUUAAUCAGGUAACCAUUAAGAAUCGGUAUCCACUGCCGAGGAUUGAUGAGUUACUUGAUCAGUUGCAGGGUGCACAGUGGUUCUCGAAGAUAGAUUUGCGCUCGGGAUAUCAUCAGAUUGGUGUGAAGGCCGGGGAUGUGCAGAAGACGGCUUUCCGUACACGGUACGGACAUUUUGAGUUUGUCGUUAUGCCUUUUGGACUGACGAACGCUCCUGCAGUAUAUAUGCAGUUGAUGAACCGUGUAUUCAUGGAUUACCUCGACGAGAAGUUGGAUUUCUGGGCCAUGUGA